GUUUCCAUCUAGUUUUCUGUGGCUUUUGCUUCAGCUACUCGUUGUGUUAUAAAUUGUAUUAAUGUUUGUUCAAAACUGUAGGCAACCACAGGGCUUAGUAGAAACAUGGAGCUAAAUUUAUUUAUAAUAUUUGCCUUCGGCUGUCUAGUUUAUAUAAUUAUUUUCGGUAAUGUUGACGCCAAUCCAUUGAAAAAUCCUGCAAACAAUAAUACAAAGCGAAACGGAACAAAGCUUCGACAAAAUAUUUCUACGCCCAAUACAAAAGUUUUAGACGAUCAUGAAGUCGCAGAAGACAGGCAUAACAUACGAAUGUUUCAGAAUCAUAAAGCUCGGACUACCACAGGCUCGACCGAACUGACCAAAUUCAUCAAACAUAUGAUGCGACAGGGCGAUGAUCAGACAAACAAUGGUGCAGCAGGCGGCGGAGGUGCUGGUGGAGACGGAAAUAAGGGAGCGAAUAGUGCAAAGACUGCCGGCGAAUGGACUGUAUCGGUGCCCAGAUUCAAAACCGAUGCCAUGGGAAAUUGGGUCUUCAAUCCGUGGGGUGUCACUUAUGGUAAAGUGUGGGAGGACACGCGCUUUAACGCCAACUCGCUCGUUACCAUCCCACGGAUUAUAGUCGAUAAUAAACCAGCCAUAAAUUAUCGCCCAUACGACGGGACAUUGGAUAACGUGUGCGUUGGAAAGUCUACAGUCUAUAAUAUACCCGGUGUGAGGAGCUGGGUCAAGCUCCACAGAUACUAUUCAUCGCACCGAAACAGAUCCAUUUGGAUGGAUCUACGAAAGACCCUUUAUACCAGGGGAAACGGAGAAGAAUGCCACACAAAAGAUCAUGAUACGUUUAGGAUGUUUCAAGAGUGCAUGUUGAGGCGACAUCAGCGCAUGGAGUAUUUAAUUCCCAAGUACCCGACGCAUCAGAUAUGAAUUUAUUGGGGUAUGCUCAAGCCUAGGACAUGGUCUGACGGUGGAUUUAUUAUACCCCCUACUAUACUAUAAGAAAUCAAUGAAAUUAGCAAAUGCAUAAAUCAUUUAUGAUAUGCGAAAUAAAAUAAUAUGCCGAGUAUA